AUGUCGCAGCAGAAGGGUAAGAAAAUCCCUGACAGGGCUGAAAAAUCGGGCUUCUUCACGGCGAGACCCGCGCCUUCCAGAGCCCAGGGCCAGCAUGAGGCAGACCAAGAUGGCGGCGGAGACGAUACCCUCCCCCUCCAUAACUCACCAGACCCUGGGAAUCUCCCUGUGACACAGGAGUUCCUGAGAGCAUGCCUGGACGAAAUGUCCGACAAACUGCUCAACAAAAUUCAAGCAUCAGUCACUGCAUUGGGCAAGGACAUCCAGGAGCUGGGCGAAAGAACGGCCCACGUGGAAAACCGCAUGGGCGAAUAUGAAGAGGCCCAUAACGACCUGACAGACCACGUUAAAGCCCUGGAACAGAAACUCACCUCAGCCCAGCUCAAACUCUCAGAUCUGGAGGACAGGUCACGGGGGCAUACCGGAAUCGAUAACGCAAGCUGA